GGGAGGUUUCGGGUUUGGUUAAUAUGCAAUGCCCGUAAUUAGCAUAAUUUAUAUAUUUAUGAUAAAGAGAAAAAAAAUGCCGCGGGGCCGGGGCGCCGGGAUGUUGGGCCGGGGCGGCGAGGAGCUCCGGGAGCUGAAUGGCGUGUGGCCGCUCGCGGGAGGCCGGAGACCCCGGGGGCCGCGCCCUAGCCUUCCUGCCGGCCCGCGGGGACCGAGGGGAGGAGGGGGCGGCCGCCAGGUGGACCCCGUGGGGAGCUUGGACCUGGCCCCUCCCCAUUUCUGCUCCGGGAGUCCAGGUUGGGUACGGACCACGGGGACGUUCUCUACCCAGCCCCCGUGGCGACCGCGAAAGGAUUGUCGCCCCACUGGAGAACCCGGACGCCUGGGUUCCCAGCAGUCAAGGUCAAAUGAGGCGGCCAGAGCCACCUGUCACAAUUCUCUCCAACCACCAUACACAGGGAGGACUGGUGGGACUCGGGGUUAGGGACCUGGUGCUGCUGGAAGGAUGGGAGAGUGAUGGGAGGGUCACCGUCUAGCCGAGCACAAGCACUUCAUAAAUAUUUAAUAACAAUAUUAUUAUUAAUAAAUAGUCAUCAUAAUGCACCCGCUAUGUGCUCCCUGGACAUCCUCACCUGUCAAGGCCAAGGGAGCCGCAGGGCGCCUUGCAACCUCCACUUUCGCGUUGAGGUCCCCUACUCAUUUGUCAUUGGAACCCCCAAAUCUUCGCAAGCCUCCGCAGCCGGCUGUGGGGAAAAAUAAAACGCGGUUGUGAAGCCUGCCUGGACUAGUGGAAAGAAGCUCUUUGCGGAGAGCUGGGAUCUGGUCUUUCAAAUUCCUUGAUCCCAAAGUAGAAGGCUGGUCUUCAAUUGUUCAUAAACAUACUUCCCACCUCCGUUUUCUUGGUAAGCCAAGGCAGCCACCGUUGACCAGCAGGGCCUUCUGAGGAAUAAUUCCAUGUAUUUUGUUUUGAUUGAAGUCCAGCUUCUCAGAGUGUUAUUUCUGUGAUCUUGUAUUUCUUUGCAUAUCUGCUGUAGACCUUCAUUUAUUUGUUCAUUAGGGCGACAAAAAAAUCCACCCUGUGCCAACUCUGAACAAUACAGACAGAAUUUGCCCUGUCUUGGAGUUUUAAUUUCAGUCUGAUGGGUGGGAUGGAGAUGGGGAUAGGCAGAUCAUAAAUAUGAAAAAAAAACAAGAUAAUAUAGAGUGAUUUGUGUGUGUGUGUGUGUGAGAGAGAGAGAGAGCGCGCACGAGAGAGAGGAGAUGGGUUAUUCUCUUCUUGGAAGUACUACCUAGCAAUUAAGAGAUGACUCAGAAGAAAUUUGCUUUUCUAAGGAGUCUUUGCAUUAUGAAGGAACAUGGGACAAGAUCAUAUCUCCCCUCCCCAAGAUUUGCUCACUGUAAAGUUGUAGUAGUAAUCUUACAGGUUUUUCAUAACACUUUACAAUUAAGAACAGUGCUUUACUUCAACUUAAAGCAAUUACGUGUGCCAGGCCCUGUUCCAAAAGCUUUACAUAAAUGUUAAUGAUUUAACAAUAGCCCAUGAAGUGGGCACUGGGAUUUAGCCCCAUUUCACAGAUAAGGAAACAGGCUGUGAGGUGUUACCUUAAACAGAAGCGAUAUUCAAUCUGAGUCUUCUGCCUUUAAACCCCAAGCUCUUUCUGUGUCAAAAUGAGGGUCAGUGAGGCCACAGAGAGAAUGGGACUCGGGAGAAACUGGCCAAAUGAAGGAAGACUUGGGAAUGAGGAGCUGAACUGGCACAUUAGGAAGGGGUGAGUGUGACCAGGUUUCUUAAGAACUUAAUACUACUUCUUUGAAAUUAUUUUUAAGUAGCCCUAGUAUUGAAAAUGAGGGCAUGAAAUUUGAAAUAGGCUAUGUAUUUUGAGGAAAAGGUAGGAAAUAUGAGGAGACUAAAGGGUAUGAUCUGAUAUCAUAAUUUAUGUUUUCAGCUCAUAUUCAUUAACCUCUGUUGUGUACCAGGAAUUUUAUGAGGCUCUGGGAUAUAAUGCAGAUGGGAAGGGAAAUCUAUGUCCUGGGGCCAGAAAUGGAGAAGGGUGGGAGAACAUACAGAAAAUCCAUCAAGCAAAUGAAAACUUGAAAGCUGUAGCAACCCACCUGAAGAUUGAUGGUUUAAGAACAGAGCAGAUGAUGCUUGCAUGCGAGAGGGGAUGUCAUCUUGUGUUCCUUUGCAUCAGGUACAACUGCAUGGACCAUGAUGGAAGUCAUAAGAAGUGGAGGGAUUCUGGGUGCACUGGAAGGGAGAGCCAACAGGAUUUGAAGAAAUCAAUAUAGAUGGAAAUAUAAAAGCAAAGGCAAGGAUGACAGCAAGGUUUUCAACCUGAGCAUCUAUGGAAGGAUGAAGCUGCCAUUUGCUGAGAUGGGGAAGGCUGCAGGCAGGUGGAGCUGGUUUGGGGUGCAAAUCAGGAGUUUGAUUUUGAAUAUGUUAAGUAUAAGAUCUUGUAAGCAAUCAGUAGGUAGUUGGAUUAUAUGAGUCUGAAGUUCCCAGGUGAGGUCUCAGCUGGUGGCUGACAGGCUGGGUGAGACCACCUCAGGAAACCAUCCUUGUCUGGAUGAUCUGGCUCAACUCCAACUACCAGUCUGUACUAAUCUCCUGCUUCCUGCUUCCUGUCCUUGUGACCUUUUUAGAUGGCAGCCCUGCAGGAGGUAAGUUGGUGCACAAUUUAAAUAUAGAAGUGAUGUAGAGCUGGAGAUGCUGAUGUCAACAAACAAUCUCAUGUGAGAGGAUUAUGUCAAAAAUUUGAAAGGUAAUUUCCCAUAACAAAUGUGACUUUCAGUUAAAUACCAGUGAAACUCAUUCCAUUCAUUCCUUUAAUCCAUGCAGAAUACUCUCCACCCCCCCAAAUGACUAUAGUGAGAGGUACUUUACCUCUUGGAAACCUCAACCACAUUAAGUAUAUAUAAAGUGAUUAAAAUCACAGAGAUAAGUCUGCAUUAAAAGUCUGAAUCUCAUACAACAAAUUCCAUUUUCCUCUACAUGUCACAAGAUGCUUCAUGUACUAUCAAAUUUUAUGUCUGAAACACAUGCCGCCCUGGAACAAGGGGCAAAGGACCAUAUAAAAGUGCAUUAGAUAUCCCUUCAGUGUAUCUUCUGCCACCCUCUAUUCAUCCACCAUAACACUUAAACACACUAUAUUGUCGUUAUCUUUUUAUUUCCUCGAUGCCCAUAUUAGACUGUUGACUCCUUAAUAAAGCUGGAGAACGUGCUUUUCCCCCCACUGUAUCCCAGUGCCCAGCACAUAGUGGCCACUGAAGUAUUUGUUGAAUAAACAAAGGACAAAGCAUUUCAGGAUUUUUCUUAUAGGAUCUCAGGCUAUUCUAGGGGGUUCUGAUUUGUUUUAGACUUCAUUGGUCCUCCUGGGUGUCUUGGAAGAUUACCUUAAGCCCAAUGCAGUUCCCAAAGGAGAAUGAUAAAUAGAACCAGGUCCUCUAACUCAGUAUUUCUGCCACUGAGAGUCCUGGAUGAUCCUGGACCUCUGGAUUUUUGGGUUGGAGACAAAUGCCUCAGGACCUGCUGUUUAUCCUCCUGAGGCUGCCUGUGUUUUUAGAUGCAGGCACAGGAAAGCCAGGGACAAGUGAGCCAUCUGUUAGCCUUGCCAGGUUUGAUUCAGGUAUUUUUCAAACUCAACUCACUGAAGAAAUAAGGCAAAGGGGCAUGCUGUGGCUGGGCACUGGCUCCUGUCCCAGCUUUAACCAAAGCAGCUCUGCUGUGAUCUAUGUAUGCACCGGGGUUCUACUCCUGGGGUAGUCAUAGGAGCCCCUUCUCUCAAAACUGACAGGUGAUCGUCUCUCUUCAUUGCUGUCAGACUGUGGACACUGCAUGACAUCAUGAGCUCAAAGGAGGCAGGCCAUCCAGAUGUGCUAUUUACUACAGUCACUGGAGUGAAACCCCUAAAACCCCUGGGGUCAGCCAGCAGUUGCACUCCUAGAAUGUGUAGGUGUGGGCCAGCCCCCACCCCAUCCUGACAAGUGACCAUGGAUCCUGGAGCCGGGCCAGACUCAUCUCUGACUGUCAAUGAGCAGGUCAUCGUGAUGUCAGGCCAUGAGACCAUCCGAGUUCUGGAGGUUGGAGUGGAUGCCCAGAUCCCUGCUGAGGAGGAGGGCAAAGCGCUGGAGGCUGUGGGCACGGAGGGCUCCCAGAGUGGAGGCCCUGCUGAAGCUGGUGAAGCUGCUGGUGAAGCUGGCCCAGACAACCCAGACUCCUCCGUGGAGGCAACUGUGAAGUCACUUCCGGGGAUGCCUUCGAGCCCUGCCCCUGCCGUUGCCACCUUCAGCCAAGCUCCAUGCCAGCCUCAGGCAUCACAGACCCUGACGCCACUGGCUGUACAAGCUGCCCCCCAGGUCUUGACUCAGGAAAACUUAGCCACAGUUCUGACAGGAGUUAUGGUUCCAGCAGGGGCAGUUACUCAACCUCUUCUUAUCCCCAUCAGUAUUGCAGGUCAAGUGGCUGGUCAACAGGGGCUGGCCGUGUGGACAAUUCCUACUGCAACCGUGGCUGCCCUCCCAGGACUGACCGCUGCUUCUCCCACGGGGGGACUUUUCAAGCCACCUUUAGCCGGUCUCCAAGCUGCCGUGCUGAACACCGCUCUCCCGGCGCCUGUACAAGCCGCCCCACCGGCCCAGCCCUCCUCGCCUGCCCAGCCCCGACCACCGGCCCAGCCCCAGACGCUGUUCCAGCCCCAGCCACUGCUGCAGACCACACCAGCCAUUCUACCGCAGCCCACUGCUGCCACCGCCACUGCCCCCACCCCCAAGUCUGUGGACACCCCCACACAGAUCACCGUUCAGCCUGCAGGCUUCGCAUUCAGCCCGGGAAUCAUCAGUGCUGCCUCCCUCGGGGGACAGACUCAGAUCCUGGGCUCCCUCACCACAACUCCGGUCAUUGCCAACGCCAUUCCCAGUAUGCCAGGGAUCAGCAGUCAGAUUCUCACCAACGCUCAGGGUCAGGUUAUUGGAACACUUCCUUGGGUAGUGAACUCGGCUAGCGUGGCGGCCCCAGCACCGGCCCAAAGCCUGCAGGUCCAGGCUGUGACCCCCCAGCUGUUGUUGAACGCCCAGGGCCAGGUGAUCGCGACCCUGGCCAGCAGCCCCCUGCCUCCUCCUGUGGCUGUCCGGAAGCCAGGCACUCCUGAGUCCCCUGCUAAGAGUGAGGUGCAGCCCAUCCAGCCCACACCAGCCAUGCCCCAGCCGGCUGUGGUCAUCGCCAGCCCAGCCCCAGUGUCCAAGCCUGCUGCCUCUGCUCCCAUCCCGAUCACCUGCUCAGAGACCCCUACGGUCAGCCAGCUGGUGUCCAAGCCACAUACCCCAAGUCUGGAUGAGGACGGGAUCAACUUAGAAGAGAUCCGGGAGUUUGCCAAGAACUUUAAGAUCCGGCGGCUAUCCCUGGGCCUCACACAGACCCAGGUGGGUCAGGCUCUGACUGCAACGGAAGGCCCAGCCUACAGCCAGUCAGCCAUCUGCCGGUUUGAGAAGCUGGACAUCACGCCCAAGAGCGCCCAGAAGCUGAAGCCGGUGCUGGAGAAGUGGCUGCAUGAAGCUGAACUCCGGAACCAGGAAGGCCAGCAGAACCUGAUGGAGUUUGUGGGAGGUGAGCCCUCCAAGAAACGUAAGCGCCGCACCUCCUUCACCCCCCAGGCCAUAGAGGCUCUCAAUGCCUACUUCGAGAAGAACCCGCUGCCCACAGGCCAGGAGAUCACCGAGAUUGCAAAGGAGCUCAACUAUGACCGGGAGGUCGUGCGGGUCUGGUUCUGCAACCGGCGCCAGACGCUCAAGAACACCAGCAAGCUGAACGUCUUUCAGAUCCCUUAGGGCUCAGCCCCCAGCCCUGUGUUCCAGCACUUUGUACCUCCCUUGGCAUCCGGCUCCGGCUGCCACCCUGUGGCAUCCGUCAUUCUGCUGCCUGUGGCUGUGUUUGUCCUGGGUUGUGAGACUCCACCGUGCACCUGUGUGUCAGCUGCCUCUCUCCUCUUCCCCGUGUCAUCCGCAUCCCAGGGAGGGCAGUGAGGCCCACCUGAGACCUCCAGGUUUGGGUCUGGUCAUGCCGAAGGAGGGGAUUUGUCGUGUCACUUAAAGAAGCACUUUGCUGAUGUGGGUUUUAAAGGGUGAAUUCUGGUUGGGAACCAGAGGCUCCCCAUCUUUGGGAUGGGGCUGUAGUAGCCUCUAGGACCACUGGCCAUUAGCUCUUGUUUUCGAUGGCACUCUCUCCACUGUCUCUUCUCUGUUCCUCUGUGUGACCGUGGCAGGUACAGCGGCUCGUCCAGUGGAACCACAGCCUCACCCACCUACCCUCUGCCUGCAGGCACACUGUCCCCCAACAAAAUCCAAGAGAUCUUGUUCUGAAAAGUGUGAUGUGCAGCUCAGAAAGUCAGAUUCCAUGUAUGCCUUGACCUCAAGGUCAGAAGGUUUCCAUAGACCUGGGGCCAGAACACAUGAUCACUCCCAUCUCUCCUUGGCUCCUAUGUAGGGGAAAUUGCACUAAAGCAGAAUUUUUUCUUUUAUACAUCAUGUCGGAAGAAAUCAGCAGUGAACUCGAGCUGUCCUGGAGUUGACCUGGGUCUAUAGCAGGUUGUGAAGUGAAAGUCACUCAGUUGUGUCCGACUCUUUGCGACCCAUGGACUGUAUAGUCCAUGGGAUUCUCCAGGCCAGAAUACUGGAGUGGGUAGCCUUUCCCUUCUUCAGGGAAUCUUUGACCCAGGGGUCAAACCCAGGUCUCCUGCAUUGCAGACAGAUUCUUUACCAGCUAAGCCAGCAGGUUGGGAACUUGAUAAAUAAGGCAUCUCUCCCAGAUUUUAAUCUGAUCUCUGUCCGUGACCAUCUCCGCAUCAGAAUGAUGUGGUUAAGAGAACUUGCAGCCUGGAAACCCCCCUUGCCCAGAUAAGCAGGCACUUGGCGGGGCAGGGGGAGAAUGAAGAUAGGAAUGCUGAGUCUCUCUUGCCCUCACACUCACCUCCCACCCAGUCCUGGGGUCUUCUCAUAAGCAGCAAAUGAAAUGACACCAGACGGGAAGGUCCUGGGAAAAGUCCACAUCCAGAAAGAGCGGACAGCAGCCUGGGAAGGUCCUCUGUGGAAGGUGACUUAACUAAUUUUCUUUGUAACUUGCAGUCUUGGAUACCAGAGAAGAAAUCUAAUUUUGUCCAGAGUCUUAGACCAUGUGUUUGUGUGAACAAGCCCCCCAGAGUGCUUCUGAGUUAAGAAUACCCCAAGAGCAGGCUGGGUUUUGCCUUUAGAGAGGAUAUCUGUGGUACACUGGAGCUUGGCAUCUCCUGCAAGAUGUUCAGUGAGUUUCCCAGCCUCCCUGCAGCUGGGCGUCCCCUGGAACUCAGUAUGUGACUCCGGGAGGUCAGGAGGGCACUGGGAGGUUUGCUAGAGGAGCCUAGACCUGCUAUGUAGACUAGACUUAAAGAUCACGCACAAGUCACAGGGGUCAGCCGCCCUCUCCUUUCACAACUCCUGUCCUUACAGAACCUGGUCUCUAGCAGCUGCCCUCACACAAUAAACCCUGAAGAAGUGACUGCCAGGUGAGGGCAUGUCACCACCUCCAUGGGACACUGGUGCAGAGCCCAGCCUUGCUUCCUCUGGAAGACUGGGUUUCCUUUCCUCCCUGAAGCUGGUGCGUCCCAGGCCUUUCAGGGCCACUGUGGCUGUCGUCUUGGUGGCCCUGCCAGUGAGAGGGCACUUGUGUGUCAAAUUGCCACGUACACACACACACCCACCCCACACCACUGGAUUCUGACCAACCAGACUUGCUUAGGUGUGGUGGGGAACGAGGAAGCAGGUGUGCACCUCGCUUGCCACAGCCUCCCAGCAGAGAAUACGUCUCCAAGGGUAAGGCUGCACACUCAAGUUCAAGGUUAUCCACCCGACCCAAUGAAGUGACAGGCUCACUUGAGAGGGGCACUUGAGAGGGGUGUCGUAAACAAGUUUUCAGGGAGAAUCAAGUACCAGAUUUUGUGAAGGAUUCAGUGAUUUACAGUUCAAUUAAUUAGAGAGAUACAGGUUUUUACCCUCAAGCCUUUGCAUUCAGAUAUGCUUUCUUUCUUGCGAGAGACAAGUGGGUCCUGGCUGGUGCACACAGGAGUAGCAUGCGAUCCAGGGCGUGUCCAUGGCAGUGGAUAUGCCGGAGGACACCAUCUGUCCUGAGUCACGGCAGGAAAAAGCUGCUCUAAAUUAGGCCUGGCCAUGCUUUCUUAGCUCCUCCCACAUCUAAAUCUGUCUUCCCAAGACUGGGUAGAACGAAAGCUUUUCUUCUGCUGGAAUGAUGGGUUGGUCUUUCAGAGAAACAAGCCCAGGGGGAGGGGGGCCAGAGUGUUUGCAAGCUGAAUUCCCCAGGCAGGGGCUACAGGGUGUCCCUGAAGUACGCACACAGCGGAGCUCACCAACUUGAUCUCUGCUCUUACUGCCCCACCGUAGGGCCCCCGGAAGCAGCUAUGGCCCUCAGGUGGGGUUUUGUUUUGUUUCUAUCCUUGUUAAGAGCAGCAUCAGACUCUGAAGGGAGUUGAUACUGAUUUUGUUUUAAAAGCACCUUUCUGGUUACCAGCCAGAGCUCAGUGGCUCCUUUGCCAUGGAAAGGCAGGCGAAAGGGCAGAAAAAGCUUCACCGUUUGCAUGUGGUUUUGUUUUUGUUUCAAAGACCAAAAUGUUUUAUGGCUUAAUGAAUUGGCUGGGGCCUUUGACCCUGCACUAAUCAUGACAUUUUAUCCAAGUGGGGUUCAGGGAGAGAACUCAGCCAAGUGGAUUAAAGAACCUGUUUGAAUUUGGAAUGAGAGGCCCUGGCAUUUUUGUAUGUCCUUGGAAAUGCAAUCACCUUCCUAUGCCUAGAUUCCCUUCCUGUCUCACAGGCCAGGCUCUGACACUGAGGUUCUAACUGUUCCUGGACAUGGACAAAGUCUGCUGAGAG